GUUAAAGCAAUUACUGUUGACUGCACGUUUCUUUGCGAUUUAAUUACGUGUCUUGUUUGUUUUGCAUCGAACGAUCGUCAAUACGAUGGGACAUUUACCGAACUCGUGAACGAAGAAUGAACAAACAAAUCGAGACCAGUAUUGCGAUACCGUAUUUAGUGGCUAUCAUAGCAGUUAUCAUAUCGUUCGCUAUAAAUUUGUAUCGUGUCUACGUGGUGUUGCAGAACAAGCACGAGAUAGAUAAUGUGGUCAUCUCCUUACUAAUUUUCUUGGUGCAUUUGAUGAUUAUGCUCUUGAAUAAUUAUAGUGGACAGAGAAUGAUAAACAAUAGCGUAGAUUUCUUUCAUAAUUCGUACGAUACGUUGUGGUACUGCAUGCCGCUGAGAUCGCAGAAACUCUUGCUGUUUAUAAUGAUGAGGAGCAUAAGCGAAGUGAAGUUGAAUCUUGCCGGCUUAUUCACUCCGUGUUACGAAGGAUUCACAACGAUGAUGAGCUCGUCCUUCUCGUAUUUUACCGUCAUCUCCUCAGUGUAGUCGAAUGUUUGCCUUUUCGAUGAAGAUGCGCUCCAUUAACAAUUACACUUGCGCGUACUGUUCUGUGUGUGUGAAAAAUAUUUCUGUGCACUAAUAGAAUGUAUUUUGCUUAACAACCAAAACUUGUUUCAGAGCAUUGGGCUCCUUAUAAGUUUACUCCCGAACACUUAUUGAAAUUUGGACGGGAUGCAUGUUGUCCCAUUGGCCUAAUAAUACAUGUAAUCAGAGCCACAAUUUCACCUAAGGAUGUGAAGAUUAUUCACCCUUGGCAGUAUGAAUUUUAUUUACAUCUUGCGGGUAAGGUUAUUAAUGAAAAACUUAUUGGUGAACAGAAAGAGUUUAUUGUUUCUAGCGGUAGGACGAUUAGCCAACGCGUCCGUCCUAACGCAGAG